AUGCUGAGGAUUGCCCAGAAGUCGGCUCGUUUGUCGACUUGCUGCCGGCCGACUGAUUCCGUCAGUCUGCCAGACUGUAGAUUUAUUUGUAGGCAUCUCAGGAAGCCCGGUGAGAGGUUUAAGACUGCUAUCGCGCCUCGCGACAGGCCUCCUACUUCCGUUGACGAGGCGGCGUGUAGUUGUCCUCGUGUACCGGCUGGCAUGGAGGCUCCUCAUCUCAAAUCCACGCUCCGGUGGGCCAACGGCGCGAUGCUGCUGCUGGCCGGAAUUGUCAGUCGAAUUUCCGAUUCGCACUUCUACGUUUCUUGGACAUGGCUCUGUUGUCCUUCAGCGCGGGCAGAAAUGGAACGAUUAUGA